AUGCUUGCUAAUCCUGUUGGUAGGUCAACAAUAACACAGAGUAGAUUACGCACAACCCGGUGCCAACAAUACAAUCGAGGCUUCGCCAGUUCAGUAGGCAACUACGAGUCACGCGAUUCAAGCAGCGACCUUUACAAUUAUACAUCUGGCCGGUGGUUAUACGAUGAACAAUUCCAAUUGCGAAGGCGAUACAGAGAAUUCAAUGUCAAAGCUCUUAAGGAAUAUACUUAUCGAGAAUUUGGAACUCCCUGCGUGGAAAUGUCUAAAUUGCCGGAGGGUCAAUAUAACAAGGUGUUCUCGCUGAAAAUGCAAGACAGAAGAGAAGUUCUGGCAAGGAUCCCGAACCCAAACGCUGGCCAAUCUAGCUACAUUGUCUCUAGCGAGGUUGCAACGCUUGAUUUUCUCCGCAACGUCCUUGAUGUACCAGUCCCAAAGAUUUUAGCCUGGAGCUCACAAGAAUCGCAAAUAAGCUCGAUUGGCACCCAAUACAUUAUCAUGGAGAAAGCACAAGGUCGUCAGUUGAGUGAAGUAUGGCCCACAAUGUCCGAGAAACAACGCUUCGCUCUGGUAAAGGACCUGGUAGCAAUUGAAAAGCGACUUUUAGGCAUAGACUUUCUUGCUCAUGGGAGUAUAUACUACAAGACUACAUAUCCGGACGGACUUGGCGCUGUAAAUAUAGACCAACUUCCAACCUCAAAGCAGGAAACUGGGUCGAACUUUGUUAUCGGCCCGACGACAGAACGGUCGUUCUUCAUUGAAAAUACCCGCGGCAAGAAGAUCGAUCAAGGCCCAUGGCGAACAGCGCAGGACCCAGAGGCUGAGAAGCCAAGCGGCAUUUCUGGCAGAAUCUCGACCAGACGAGCAAGAGCCAAAAAUCAUGUGCUACUUCUCGAGCAAUUCGUGACCAUUCUACCUUAUAUCGUGCCUACAACAGAUAUUGCCCGACCAACUCUAAUGCACCACGACCUCCAUCUGGACAAUAUAUUUAUCAACGAUACAGAUCCAACAAAAAUAUCGAGUAUUAUCGACUGGCAGGCAGUAUUUGCCUCUCCACGUUUCUUACAGGCCAGAUUCCCUUCGAUUGUUGAUUGCGAUGACCCGUACCCAUGGGGCGCAGUCCAGCCUUCACUUCCUGAAGGGUUUGACGCAUUAUCGUCGACAGAACAAGCAAUUUCUAGAGACGCCCUUCGCAGACUACGAUUGAAGAAAUUCUACGAAAUAGCAUCAAGAAAAUUUAACCCUACACUUUUUACAGCCAUGGAUGCGACAAGGAAUCAUAGCGACCCUACGUCUUUCAUCUUUCAUGUUAUUGGACAGUCUGCCUCUUAUGGCCCUGUUCCGUUAGAAGAGCUGCUCAUCCAGGUAUAUGGGCAAUGGGACAAGAUUGCUCUGAAGAAUGGUCUGGAUAUACCAUGUCCAUUCUCAUUCACUGAAGAUGAGAUCAACGAAAAGCGACAGCGAGCACAAGAAUGGGCAAACGUCUUUCGCGAAUUUGAAACUUUACAAACUAGAAUUGCAGGCAAGGACGGCUGGGUUUCGCAUGAGGAGACCCUUUUCGCGCUUGUACGGAGACAAAAACGACCAAACGGCCUCUUUGUGCGGCACUAUCAGGCUUCAGCCAGCCUUGCUUUGGCCUUUAUGGAUGCUUUCUCUCCGCUGAUCGAUGCUGUUAAAGACUGUGCUCCUGGUUAUGGAGGGCUUGCUAUUGCAACCAUUUCCCUUCUCUUCGUGGUUGCGCGAAAGAAAGAUGGCAUUGAAAGAAAACUCGCGUCCACCAUUGAAGGAAUUCGAGAUAGGCUUCCGGCUAUCGACUUAUACAAAAGUAUAUACGAUGAGAACCAUGCAUUGGACAGUGAGAUGCAGUCAAAGAUCAUACAUGCCUAUCAAACGUUUAUUGAAUUUUGCAUAUCGGCGGUGAAAUAUUACAAGGGGCAUGGUGCUCGUAAGUACCCCACAUUUUGGGUGCUGAUCACUUCUUUCAAGACCUCUAAUGCUUCUCUAGGACGCUGGCGCAAAGCUUUGGUACCUGGAAACACAAGUAUUGGAGAAAGUUCUACCCGGGUCCAAAGCUCUAUUGUCGGGAUAAGGCGACUGGGAGAGGAACUAGUAGCGAAAAAUGUUGAUAGGAUUAAAAGAAGUAAUGAAGAGUUGGACAGAAAGAUCCUAGAGUUGGACAGGAAACUCCUAGAACUGCAGGAUCGUUUCAGUGAAGAGGUAAUCGAUCGCUUCCGAACGACAUUUCAGCUCGAAGGCUUCAGCCAAGAAUUGCUUGACCAACAGCUGGAAGAUUACCGUGUAGCCCUUAUCAUGGACCAACAAAGUUUUGCAGGCGUCUUGGAACGGAUGAGCGGUGCGAACCUAGAUCGAUUCAUAAACAGUGGCGUCUACCAACAAUGGGCUACUUCGGAGCUGUCCUGUCUGCUGGUGUUAUCAGGGCAUAAUGAUGAGGGCUCUCUCUCUCCCCAAUGCUGGCUGUCCCCGGUGGCACUUUGUACGAUUGAUAAGUGUCGAAAGGCUGACUCCGUUCAUUUCGCGUACUACAUUGCCCCGAACGAAGGAGCUACAGUGUACAAGAUUCUUGCCAGUCUUUUGCUUCAGUUAAUCCAUAGUGAAAAGGGAAUCCUACGAGACGAGGCGGAGCGCGAUGCAUUCAAGAUGGAGAUGCAUUACUACCAACAAAAAGUGCCGUCAGAAGAAAAUUAUAGACACGGGCAUAACGACAAAACAGACGCACUAUACGAUAUUGCGCGGCGGGUGGUGCGUUUUUUCAAGGAAAGCGAGUCCGUGUGCAUUGUUGUCGACAGAGCAGACCUAUGCCGCAAUUUUGUCGAUUAUGACCAACGUGGAGCCUUGAGGGACGGCCGCGAGGAGAUGAUUCGCGCUGCCCGGUGUCGGUUGAAGAUACUUGUGAUUUCCAACGGAAUCGGCUCGCGCGAAGGAGAAAACGGUGACGCAGUAGUAGAGUCCAUCAUACAGCGUACGAUUCACCAGCGCUUUGCUUAG